CCGCCCCCUGGACCUGGGGUAACAGCGCGAGGGGCUUGACUACCGCGGAAGGCAGGACGACGAACUAUAACAAUAGGGGAAAACAAAAUGAAUGACCAGUGUUUCCAGAUUUUUAUUCAGAUCUUCUUAAAUCCCUGAGGCCUGCUGCAAAAUCAGUUGGGAUGGCCACCGGCUGGGGGAGCCUCUUGCGGGAUGAGCAGCAGCUGGAGGAGCUGGCGCGGCAGGCUGUGGACCGGGCCUUGGCGGAGGGAGUGUUGCUGAGGACCUCACAGGAGCCCAGCUCCUCUGAUGUGGUAAGCUAUGCCCCAUUCACGCUCUUCCCCUCACUGGUCCCCAGUGCCCUGCUGGAGCAGGCCUAUGCCGUGCAAAUGGACUUCAACAUGCUGGUGGAUGCUGUCAGCCAGGAUGCCGCCUUCCUGGAGCAGACGCUCUCCAGCACCAUCAAGAGGGACGACUUUACCGCUCGUCUCUUUGACAUCCACAAGCAAGUCCUGAAAGAGGGCAUUGCCCAGACUGUGUUCCUGGGCCUGAAUCGCUCAGACUACAUGUUCCAGCGCAAUGCAGAUGGCUCCGCAGCCCUGAAACAGAUUGAAAUCAACACCAUCUCUGCCAGCUUUGGGGGCCUGGCCUCCCGCACCCCAGCUGUACACCGACAUGUUCUCAAUGUCCUGAGUAAGACCCAAGAAGCUGCCAAGAUCCUCUCCAAUAAUCCCAGCGAGGGACUGGCCCUGGGGAUCACCAAAGCCUGGGAGCUCUAUGGCUCAGCCAACGCUCUGGUGCUACUGAUUGCUCAAGAGAAGGAAAGGAACAUAUUUGACCAGCGUGCUAUAGAGAAUGAGCUACUAGCCAGGAAUAUCCAUGUAAUCCGUCGAAGGUUUGAAGAUGUCUCUGAAAAGGCGUCUCUGGACCAAGACCGAAGGCUGUUUAUGGACGGCCAGGAAGUUGCUGUGGUUUACUUCCGGGAUGGCUACAUGCCAAGUCAGUACAGUCCACAGAACUGGGAAGCACGCCUGCUGCUGGAGAGGUCACGUGCUGUCAAGUGCCCGGAUAUUGCCACCCAGCUGGCUGGGACUAAGAAGGUGCAGCAGGAGCUGAGCAGAAUGGGUGUACUGGAGAUGUUGCUCCCUGGCCAGCCUGAGACUGUGGCCCGCCUCCAUGCCACCUUUGCUGGCCUCUACUCACUGGACAUGGGUGAAGAAGGGGACCAGGCCAUUGCUGAGGCCCUUGCUGCCCCUAGCCAGUUCGUCCUGAAGCCCCAGAGAGAGGGUGGAGGUAACAACCUAUACGGGGAGGAGAUGGUGCAGGCCCUGGAGCGGCUGAAGGACAGUGAGGAGAGGGCCUCCUACAUCCUCAUGGAAAAGAUCGAACCUGAGCCUUUUGGAAAUUGCCUGCUACGGCCUGGCAGCCCUGUCCGAGUGGUCCAGUGCAUCUCAGAGCUGGGCAUCUUUGGGGUUUAUGUCAGGCAGGGAAAGACACUUGUGAUGAACAAGCAUGUGGGACAUCUGCUCCGAACCAAAGCCAUCGAGCAUGCAGAUGGUGGUGUGGCAGCAGGAGUGGCAGUCCUGGACAACCCAUACCCUGUGUGAGGACACAGCCAGGCCUGCCCAGACUUCGCUCAAGAGACCUUCUAUCCCUCGUACUUGUCAUUCCUCUCCUAGCCCCUCUGAGGGCCUUCCCUCCCUGCACCUUGGGAGGGCUGGUCUCUUCAGUUCACAGAAGGGUGAAUGCUGAGUACCUUCCCCCAGCUCUCCCAUCUGAGGACCAGAAAAGCUGUGUUUCCCUUAGGUGAGAUCUAGAGGCCCCUAAAUCCUGGGAGUGUGUAUAGCUGAAAGGAAGCUGAUUUGAGGUAAGGAUCCAUAACCUUGCCACCCUCCUCUCAGCCCCUCGUCAGCCUUUCCAGCAGGUUCCAGUGUUUGACCUAGAACAGGACUGAGAGGCAGGAGGAGGGGGGCGAAGGGGCAUAGCUUUUCCCCACUUCUGCCUUAAAUAAAACUACAUUGCUGAUUCUGUGA